AUGGAGCGCCGAAAAGAUUCUGCUAACAUCGUUCUCGCUUCCGAUCGGAAGAAGCAAGAACAAAAUGAUACACGGGAAGUGGACGAUGACUCCAAGCAAAAAGGAUCCCAACGGAAAGAUGCCUUCACCGAUGUCCCGAAACACAAACCGGGCGCGUACCGCUGUACGAUUCACCACCCAUUUCUGGAACCAACGAUACGAAAUUGGACCGGUAAAAAUCAGAACAUGAUCCGUAAACACACUCAUCAUGCGCUUCUGCAACUUCCGCUGCAGCCAAAUGUGCUGACGAGAGAAACGAUUUUCGAACACUUCGAGCCAGAGAAACGGUGGCACGUUGGUCUGCCAACACCGCUCUACAUCGCCCCAGAAACGGACGGGCCGACGGUGCCUGAUUUGAUGGUACGAUUUCUGCGUCAAAAAGACGUGUACAGUCGGAAGCUACGAAGCACCAGCAUCGCGUACCGCCAUAUCAAGUCGAAACGGGCCGUUAACGAUCGUGUGGCAUCGUUGAACGCCUCCGGUGGUAUGCAGAAUAGCGCAGCCCUCGUGUACGCCGCUCUGCUCGACCGUGACCCUGAUCCCUAUCUGCAUCCGGAAGCUACCUAUGAUUACCACUUUACGGGUGGCAGUUGUGCUACACUGAGCACGAUCGAUGGCAGAUCAAGAACGACGGGGACUACAGUCUUCAAAGCGAUCGGUGAGAGUUUAGCAGAGUUGGAGGUGAUGCACAUUCGAUGCCACAAAGAAGAGUUCAAAGCCUGCCGAGCACAGGUCUGUAACACAAAUAUCGCUGGCCCCAUUCUGGAAAUACUCACUGUCGAUGACCAUCCCGCGGGAUGCUUCGUUCUCGUACGGAAACGCGACACGAUUGUAAUCCUGCGUGAGCAGCUUGUUGAAAAUAAGUCGAAACCGAUCAGCCGUUGGGUUCCGUUUGCAACCAUCGUCUCUGUUGUGCCAUUUGCGAGCGUCUGCGCCAUAAAUCCCACGGCACUCAAACACCGGAAAAUGCUUAUCCUCUGCACAACCGAUUACCAAAGAAUGCUGCGAUUAUGGACAAUAGAAUGCAGCAAGCAUAACAAAGCUGGCGAUGUGCAAUUUGUCAAACAGCUCAAAUUACCUACGAAACACAACAGUUUGCUGCAACAGAAAGAUAAUUCCCCGCGCCAUGGUAAUACUAGUUGCAAAGAUGUUCCUCGCGGCCAGCGUUGCUCUGACGGUUGGUCUACGGUACGCUGCGUAGACAAUGGUUCGAUCUUGGCUUGCCUGGAUCGCGAUAUGGUUCAUCUCUACCGUGUAGAAUCAGAGGAUGCCUCGCCGGAGCUGCUAUACUGUGGCGGUCAGAAUUUCUCUCAAUGGAUUUACACUUGCGAGAGCCACUGUGCGUUGGAUGUGGCCCCGGAUGUAGGGUUGAUUUUUAUAGCCACUUGCCACCAUCUGUUGGUGGUACGGCUUGCCUCUCACGAGGGUGCACAGUCGGGGUCAGAUUCUUGCGAUGAUGCUAAACCGUCACUGACGGUGGUUAUUGUUUUUGCACACAACCUCAGACAGCGGCCGGUGUUUAUGCACUUUCUACCGUACAGUUUCGAGGAGAAAGCAGCCACCCGAAAAGAAGAUCAAUGUUUUCUCCUCCUAGCUAGCCACCUGGCGAUGGAUUAUUGUAUCUGCACGAUUAACCGACAAGGUACGGGCGAUGAUGAACGAUCAUCCUGUAAGAUGGUGGCCCGUCAGUAUCCCUAUCGUCCACGUACGGUUUUCGAUUCGUACAAACUGGCUCAACGACAGGGACACUGUUUGAGCGCCCAACAACCACUAAAGCGUCGCCUUUUUGCCUGCCAUUCCGGAGCAUGUUUAGUUCCGUUCGACGACUGUCUAUACGUAGUUUUGCAAAACUCUUGCGGUGAUCUUUUGCAGCAAAAAAUUUCUGCAAACACAAGCGAGCGCCACCGAGAGGACGCGACGGUCCCGGAUGUAAUCCGACGAUGGCACGAUCAGCUAAUCGGAGAACAGACCACACAUCACCAAAGGGGUCACCCACCGUACAAGGCAACUGAUUUCAGACCGUUAAAAAGGUUUCGUGAUAUAUUCAACUAUCCCGGUAAGCUCAGUAGCGAUCUUGUGCAACAAAUACUUCCCAAAAAGAUUGCAAAGAAAGAGGGCGCAAAAUCGAUGGAACCGAAGGAAGAGGAAUAUUUCGCUUCGUCCGUUGCAUCCGAUACAGACUUCAGUGAUUUUGAGACGGAAGUCGCACAGCGAAGUGGACGAAGCAACCAGAAACCGUUACCAUGGCAGCAAACGAUCGAGCAACUUCAACAGUACAAAGAUGUGCUAGUUUCCCCACUGUUGGAAGUUUGGGGAUACGGCAUUGAAGCCGAAGUGCAUCACACAAUUCCGACCACGUUACCGCCGUACAAUGACGUUACCGAACGCGUCGAUAGUUGGAUCAAUUCCGUUAGCACGACACGACGUCCAUCGACGGAUAGCAACACCUCUUACAAUGAUAACAGCAACUUCGAUAUUGAAAGCAAACUAUUCACGUUCACUAUCGAUCGGCUUGGCAGCACCACGGAACCUGCUGAAAAUGUCGAUUGCAAGGGACUCUCACCGGAACGCCAGCAUCCGUUCGUCAGCAGCACACCGCUAGAAACUGAAACGCGCCCAAAGAGGAAAACGUACGUGAAAGGGUUCUAAGCCAGGAGUAGCAAACUUGUACUACAGUGCUGUUUGUGAAACGAAGAAACGAAAAGAAGAAAGAAUUAAAACGAUUUUCAGGGUUCCAAUUCAGCAUUUAGGCUACAGUUAAUUUUCA